GAGAGUUUGACACAACAUCUGCAGCUUACACUGCCUCAUUACUGAUGAAUUCACUUCAGUGGAAAGUCUGCUCAUAUGGGUGUCCUUAGCUCUGCUCCAGGUCCUCUCAGACCGCUCUCCUGAAGGUUCGCCGUGACAGCAGAGCACAAAAACAUCUGUUUUAACAACAUGCCUCUUACCUAAUUGAUCCAAUGAAACCCCUUCUUGCCCCGUUCGCAUGAUGGGAGCUGUGCGCCGGGAGGUUGGUCAGCGUCUGUUUGACGUUAGCUCUUGUGGGAAAGGCGGAUCGCGUCAUGUAACACAAACCAAAAGUUCCAGCCUGCAGAGAGAAAAACAGCGCGUACGUGAGAAAAACAUCGGCAGUCGGGAACAGUUGAGUAAGGCUCCGUAAUGAAUGGGCUAGAGCGACGUUGUUUACUACACAUGUGAAUAAAUACGCAGUUUUGGCCCCGUGACCCCCGGUGCCCCCGCGCGGCCCCAGAUGUUGCAGUAACUGCUGCUCGUCAUUAGCCGAUGAGACAAUGCGGUGACAGGGGCCAACCCGAUAGGCCACGGGCUUUGUUAUUGCAUACUUGCGCGGACUACACCCAGGCCGAGGCACGAACAAAACACCACCCCGCGGCACGGAUCGCGACCCACGCGCAUGGUUCUGGGGUCUGCGCGCCACGACGGACGCGUACCUCGCGUUGACUCUAAAGGCUUUAGAAGCUGGUGUUUUUUAUUUAAUUUUUUCCGUUUAAUUUGGGUGGAGAAGGUCAUCUGACUCUGCCUCGCUCUUCCUCUGUGCACGGGACCCGGGCUCGUGCCAGAGAGUUGUGCUUUUUGGCAGCGAGCAGGGAAUGACGUCGACAGGCGUGGUAAUAACAAUGAGAACACUAUUAAGACCAGACCGCGCGGAAUCUGGCGAGAAAAAAAGAAAAAAAAAACGUGGAUGAAAACCCGGGAGGGUGUGGCCGUAAAAUAUGAAAUAUAUGCUUUUAAACUUUAAUUCCCGAGGGGGCGUUUCUUUGAACAACUUCGACUCGAAGCAAACGAGGCCACAUGCUGCGAUGGAGGAGUUUCCUGUGAGUCGCGGAGCGCGCACGGACGCGCACGGAGAAUCCGGGCAGUACAGUACAUAGGAAAUGACUCAUAGGACUCGAACUGUUCGCGUGGGCGUGUAUGUGUGCGCGCGUGUGUGUGUGUGUGUGUGCGCGCCCGCGCUAAUAAAACAGGGAUCGGACCCGCUGCGUGUGACUCACUCCGAUGCUGCGCCUCCCUCCCCACCCCCCCCCCCCCCACACCCUUCAUCCCGAACACCAGCACGGGUUGUUUCAAAUCGGAUGAACUUUCGGGAUCCGAGUGGCCGGCAGCGAGCAGCUCUCCACCCGCACGCGCCAUGGCUCCCAGCGCCCUGCGCGCGCUCUGCGCCCUCACCAUAGCGGCCGCGACGCACUUCUACGGCGUCGGCGCACAGAAAAGUCAGUGUGGGAGUUCAGAGUUCUUGAACUCGGAUCUAGGUGUGUGUCUGCCGUGCUCGUCGUGUAAGCAGUAUCCAAAGACCCCGUCGUGCAACACAUGUAAAUCCGUGGAUCAGGCGCCCGACGUGUGGAAGCUGGCGGCCAUCACCAGCUUCUCGGUGCUCGCCGUCGUGCUGGUCGGGGCGGCGCUGAUCAUCGGGGUCAUGGUGCAUCGCCGCAGGUCACACAAGCGGCCUCUGCGUGACCCCAUUGAAGAAACGGCGGGGCCACUUUACCAGGCUUAAACAUUUCAGUAGCCUCAACCGGACCCGGGGACAGAUGCGACAGAACCAAAGAGCGAGCGGUUCGGAGCGACCUCUGCGGAGGUCAAAGGAUCUCUUCACCACAAUGUGACAGUUUUCAUUUACGUGGCUGUUGGGUAGAGACGUGCAUUACAUCAGUGACAUCACUCUCAGACGCUGUGUGGCCUUCACAUCACACUUAAAUGUGAAGACCUUUGUGGUUUUACAGAUGUUUGAUCAGAAGAAGACCACAGUCCUUUUUUCAGAAAGACGUUUCCCAACAGAACUCUUGACCAAUGUGUGUGACCUCCUGCUCCUUAUGUCGGGGGGUCAAACGGGGUCCACCUGCAGGUCACUUCCCACAACAAGGCCCUUAAAGAUGAAGAUGGGAGUGAGACGUACUGUGAAUGUAUUCCAGCCUUCCAGCUCCUACAGAAAGCUCUACUGGAGAAGCUUCUGACUCUUUACUUAAUAGGACAACAAAACAAAACACCCUUUGUUCCAGGUUUUCACAAUAUUGUUUUGAUGUUACUAGAUUAUUUUUUUCCUCUCUGCCACACCCCCAGAUUUAACUGGUUACUGUCCCGCUGUGGGACACUAGAGACACGCUGACACGUGGGGACGUUGGUGUGCUGGAAGCAACUGGCCUUCAGUUCAGGACGUCCUUCGGUCGAUGACGUUUCAGGUCAUAUUUUAGAUUUGUCUGAAUUACACAGACACUCCCCCUUUUUUUAAAUACAUAUAUAUUAUUUAUUUUUAGGAA